AUGACGACCGCAACCCCUUUGAGUCGCCGCCUCAUCAGACGCAUUGAGGUAAAUCGAGAUACGGAUACAGAUGUGGACAUCUACGUCAACAAAGACACGCGGCCGUUGCCCCCUUCUCGCCGCACAUAUGGCCCAUGGGAGUUCGUUGGCCUCUGGAUGGUGACAGGUUCUUUCAACGUUGGAGGCUGGACAACAGGAUCUUCCCUCAUUUCUCUGGGACUCAAUGUUUGGCAAUCUAUGAUUGCCAUCAUCGUCGCCCAUACCUUUGUUGGCUUUGUCUGCAUAGCUGGCGGUCACCCUGGCGCAAAGUGGCACAUUGGCUUUCCCCUAUGGAUGAAGCAGAACUGGGGCAUCUGGGGCUACCUCUUCCCAAUGGCCAUCCGCGUUUUCUUGUCCUUUGUUUGGACAGCCACCAACACGUGGUACGGAAGCCAAUGCCUAAAGGUUCUUUUGACAUGCAUCUGGCCGUCCUUUCUCAAUCUAGACACAGAGCUCGCGGAUGGUACGAUGAAGACGUACGACCUCGUAUCCUUCGUACUCUACUGGCUCCUGUGCCUCCCAAUGAUCUGGUUCAGCCCGGAAAACUAUCGGAAACCGUUUCUGAUCGCCUCCACAACUGUUGCUACAACCGUGUUCGUACUUCUCAUCUGGUCCACCGUGCGAGCUGAGGGAGGAGGUGCCCUUGUCGCAGAUGUGAGUAAGGUCUCGGGUGUCAAGCCAGCUACGGGAGGCGAUCUCGGUUGGGCCUUCGUUGCGGCUGUUACGGCAAAUAUUGGGGGCAUCGCGACGCACAUGUGGUCUCAGUCGGACUACACGCGAUACGCACGGAAGCCGGGAGAUCAGGUCUUGGCGCAGCUAAUCAUGGUACCUUUGGGGACCAUCAUCGUAGCCUGCGUCGGGAUCAUCUGCACUUCAUGCGCGGCGACGCUGUACCCCGAUGAGGGCAAGCUCCUGUGGCAGCCCUACGCUUUCCUGGAAGCCGUGCGCAAGAACGAAGAUAACUCUGGUGCCCGAGCGGGGAUCGCGUUUGCGAGCAUCGCCUUCAUGUUCUCGCAGUUCGGCAUGGUGGUCGCAUCCAAUUGCGUGGUCGCCGGAAUCGACCUAGCCGCCCUGCUACCGCGUUGGUUCACGGUCCGCCGCGGGGGCUAUUUCACUAUUGUCUUCGUAUUCAUUAUGCAGCCCUGGGCGCUCCUCAACAGCGCUAGCAACUUCUUGACUGUCGUGAGCAGCUUCAACGUUUUCCUCGGCCCGCUCAUGGGUAUCAUGUUCGCUGAUUACUUUCUCCUCCGCAAGCGGACGAUCAAGUUGACGGACCUCUACGGGAACUCAUCGAACAGCAUCUACUGGUACACCAAGGGAUGGAACUGGCGUGCAGCCAUCGCCUGGUGCCUGGGCGCGUGGCUGUUCAUCCCAGGUCUGGCGCAGCGAGCUGUUGCUCCAAGCGAGGUAUGGGCGGGCUGGACGAGGCUUUAUCAAUUGUCGUGGUUCGUGGGCUGCCUUGUGUCAGGUCUGAUAUACCUCCUCCUAGACUAUUUGUGGCCCAUGCCUGAAAAUCAAGCGGUGGAUGACCUUGAUUAUUUUGGCACAUUUGGGGAUGCGCCCGUCCUACGCGGGGUGGCUGAGCUCGACGCCAUCUCCACGAUGUCUGGAGCUGUGGAUAUUGACGAGAAGAAUUCCGGGGCGGGCGGAGAGAAAGUCCAGACCGUCUGA